GUAGGGGUGUUUUUCAUAAUUUAGCCUAAGUUCAAGGGUGUUUUCGUAAUUCACCCUAAAAACUAAAACCAUGAACUUAUUUAUUUUAACAAUUGGUAGGUGAGGCAAAAGCAAAUAAUAUUGCAUGCUAUUUCCAUCUGCAAUUUACAUCAAACAAAGAAUCAAAAAUUCGAAAGACAGAUCAAUAUUCGGAGAAGAUGAACAAUAUCGAUAUAAAAGUUUGUGUUACGGGAGGAUCCGGAUACCUAGGAUCUUGUCUCGUCAAAAAGCUGUUGCACGGAGGUUUCACCGUUCAUACAACUUUGAGAAACUUGGGCGAAAACUCGAAAACGAGCCUUCUAAACACACUGCCGGGUGCAGAAACGAGAUUAAAGUUAUUCGAAGCCGAUAUAUACAAUCCCCGAGAAUUCGAGACAGCUAUUCAAGGAUGCCAAUAUGUUUUCCAUAUGGCUACCCCAUUGUUGCACACUCAAAACUCUACGUACAAGGAUACAACAGAAGCAGCUAUAGCAGGGGUGAAAAGCAUAGCGGAAUCUUGCCUUAGAUCGCAGACGGUGAAACGGCUCGUGUACACUUCCUCCGUAAUGGCGGCUUCACCUCUAACCGAAGAUGGAUCUUGCUUUAAACCAGUAAUGGAUGAAUUCUGCUGGAGCCCUCUUAAUCUCUCAUAUACUUACAGCACUGACUUCAACUUGGUACAUAUUUACAGUUACACCCCUGUUCUUUAUUUUUUCAUUCAGGACAUUUAUCAAACAGGUUGUGUGCAGGAUUAUGUGAAGUCAAAGACAUUAUCUGAGAAGGAGAUCUUGAGGUACGAUAAUGGAAGUAUGGAAGUGGUUAGCUUGGCUUGUGGGCUUGUCGGAGGAGAAACACUUCUUUCGUAUCUGCCGUCGAGUUUACCGGUUGUUUUGUCACAGUUGAUUGGGGAUCGAAGCGCUUUCGAUGCGUUGAUGUUCUUGCAAGAAUUGAUGGGUUCGAUUCCAAUGGUGCAUAUUGACGAUGUUUGUGAUGCCCAUAUUUUCUGUAUUGGGAAAACUUCAAUCAAUGGCCGAUUCUUGUGUGCUGCUGAGAGUUGUACCGUUGAAGAAAUUGCAGAUUGCUAUCAACAAAUUCACCCUGAGUUUCCUGUACCAGAAGGAUUCAAAUGUGGACCGGAUGGGAGAAGCAAAUGCGAGCUAUCGAAAUUGAGAAAAGAGGGAUUUGAGUUCAAGUACGGACUGAAAGAGAUACUAAACGACAGUGUUGAAUGCGCAAAACGGCUCGGCUUCUUGUAAUGAUUUAGGCUAUGUUCCAACUCCUAAAGAUGAUUGGUUCGUGUCGUUGAUCUUGUCGAGUGUUCGUUAAAUCCAGAGUUUGUUCUAACAAUUUGAUUUUUCCAAUAAAGACGACUUAUCUAA